UCUGAACAGACAUUUAAAGAUACAUGCAGAAGAGACAUCACAUGAAUGUGAGCAUUAUGGGAAAAAAAUCAAACAAAUGAGUGAUUUUAAAGUACAUUUGAGGACACAUACAGGAGAAAGACCAUAUGAAUGUGAACAUUGUGGAAAGAAGUUUAGUAGAAAUGACACUUUGAAAAUACAUUUAAGGAUACAUACAGGAGAGAUGCCAUACGAAUGUGAACUUUGUGGAAAGAAAUUUAGUCAUUUGGGUCAUAUGAAAAGACACUUUAAGAUACAUACAGGAGAUCAACCAUAUGAAUGUUAUUAUUGUGGAAAGAGGUUUCGUCAAUUGAGUCAUUUGCAGAGACAUUUAAAGAUGCAUAAAAGAGAAACACCAUAUGAAUUUGAGCAUUGUGGAGAGAAAUUCAGACUCGGUCAUGAUUUGAAAACACAUUUGAAGAUACACACAGGAGAAAUGCCAUACAAAUGUGAUUAUUGCGAAAGAAAAUUUAGACACUUGAGCCGUUUGACAACACAUUUAUGGGUACAUACAGGAGAAAAACCAUAUGAAUGUGAUCAAUGUGAAAAGAAAUUCAAAGACAGU